AUGUCUUCAAAAGCGCACAUUGCGCAAACACUCCUUGCGCGCGCCCACUCGCCCGACACAACUGAAACCCUCUUCAACGAACGCAUUAAGCAAAAGCCUCUCUACCUCCGACCAACAUCCCCAACACCUGCGGAUAAUCGUUCGCGACGGCGCCUCCACCGUCUUCGUAAGAAGGAAUACUUCCUCCGUCACCAGAAACCGAAACCGCUCUCUGCGCGCGAGAAACGGGAGUUCGGGGUGUACAGACUGCCGAAGGAGGAGUGCAAGUAUGAGAUCUUCCAAGGGUUGAAUCGAAUGUGGGUGCAGUAUAUGUUGGAGGUACUGGAUCUGGGCCCCGGGGGUGGUGGGUGGAGGGUACAGCAGCAGCAGCAGCAGCAGAAGCAGGAAAAGGGAGAAAAGCAGCAGGAGAAUCAACAGAAAAAUCGAAAGCUGGUGUCGGCGCUUGCGCACGGGAGCAAAUUGGUCAGCGCGGAUUUCCACGGUGCAGAAGUGGAGGUGGUUAGGAGUCGGUGUUCGGGGAGGGUUGGGUUGAAAGGGAUUGUGGUUAGGGAUACAAAAUUUACGUUUGUGAUCGUUACGCAGAAGGAUGAGGUUAAGAAUAUACCUAAGGAACAGACUGUUUUUCGUUUUUGUGUGCCGCUGCCUGAUCUCAAGGGCGCAGAAGAGAAUGCGAGUACUGAAAAUGGUGCCGAGGGGAUCGAAAAUAGCAAGAACCUUGUCUUCGAGCUUCACGGCAGCCAGUUUCAGAAUCGGCCGGUGGACAGAGCCAACAAGAAGUUCAAAUGGCGCAAUGUGGAAUAUCUUUGA